AAAAAAAAUCUGUUUUUUGUGAGAUGAAGCGAAGGAGUGUGCAUGUACACGGAGGAUCCGGAUUCGAAUACUGACGAUCCGGGGCUAUGGAUUCGAAUCUGGAGUUGCAGGAAUCCGGCUGGGAGGAACUAAGGAGGGAGGCCAGGAAGAUCGAGGGUGAUCUCGAUGUCAAGCUCUCCUCCUAUGCUAAACUCGGUGCUCGGUUCACCCAAGGAGGUUAUGUAGAAACUAGUUCACCGACAGUUGGAACCAGCAGGUCAUGGAAGUCAAUGGAAAUGGAAAUCCAGUCAUCUCUCGAGAAGCUAGUAGAUAUAAACGAUUCUAUGAGUAGAUGUGCUACCUCUGCGGCACAUACUACUUCAGUUACUCAGAAGCUGGCAAGGCAUAGAGACAUACUUCAUGAGUUUACCCAGGAAUUUCGAAGAAUCAAGGGAAACAUGAACUCAAUGAGGGAACAUGCGGAGCUUCUAAGUUCCGUCAGAGAUGAUAUCAGUGAGUACAAGGCAUCUGGGAGUCCUAGAAUGCAGUUGCUAAGAGAGAGAGCUGCCAUCCAUGGAAGCAUAUCUCAUAUAGAUGAUGUCAUCAAUCAAGCUCAAACGACAAGAUCAGUAUUAGGGUCUCAAAGGGCUUUGUUUGGGGAUGUACAAGGGAAAGUGAAGCUUUUAAGUGAUAAAUUUCCCAUAAUUCGUGGCUUACUUGGGUCCAUAAGGAGGAGACGAUCAAGAGAUACACUUAUUCUGUCUGCAGUCAUUGCCGCAUGUACGUUAUUUCUUAUCAUCUAUUGGCUAUCAAAAUGACAAGAAGCAUUCCUUAUUUUUUUAUAGAAAUUUCUGAGUGACGGUUGGAAUUUUUCUUCAGUAAUUUGUUAGAACUGAUCAAGUUUGUUGUAUCAAAGUAUGUGGCAUAUCUAUGUGGUUCCCUUGUUCCAAAAACCCAGCUAUGUUUGACAUACAUUACUCUUCCAUACUCAGCAAAAUAGUAUUUGCCUCUUUCACAAAGGAUUUCGUGUAGUGAAGAGUUUGAUAUGAACAAAAGAAGAAAUAGAAGGAAGUGAUGAAAUGCAUAUAACCAUA